AUGGCAGGACACAGGCCCUCAACCCUCUACCCCCUUGCAGGCAGUGGUGGGGGCGGCCCCAGAGGGCCAGUGCCCCUGCAGGUUGACAUUCUGACCUGGUUGAACACCCACGCGGCCCCUGGCAGGGUGAUAGUCUAGCCGGAGGUCCCUGGAGGCCCUGAGUUGUGGGGGAUUCCCGGUCCCCUGGCACACAAAUUCCGGGGCUGGAUAGCACCCUGCAGAGCCUGUCUUGGAGCUGGCGAGGCAGGGGCCUGGUUGCGAAACCCCUCUGAAAGCGCCCUCCUCGGGCCCUACAUUGCCCUGCAGAACAAGUUGCCUCUGCCAGAGGACGUCUCAGGCAUACAGAAAGAGUUGCAGCAGCUGGCCAAGGAGCUGAGGGAGAAGAGGCUGAGCCUAGGGUACUCGCAGGCCGAUGUAGGGAUCGCUGUGGGAGCUCUAUUUGGGCAGGUGCUUAGCCAAACGACCGUCUGCCGUUUCGAGGCUGAGCAGCUAAGCCUCGCCAACACGUGGAAGCUGCGACCAUUGCUGGGAAAGUGGCUGGAAGAAGUGGACGCAGAGAAUCUUCUAGGCUUAUGCAAAAUGGAGAUGAUCCUGCAGCAGUCUCGCAAGUGGAGACGGGCAAGCAGGGAGCGAAGAAUCGGAAACAGCCUGGAGAAAUUCUUCCGGCGGUGUCCGAAGCCCACACCCCAGCAAAUCAGCCACAUUGCUGGGUGCCUCCAGCUGCAGAAGGAUGUGGUUCGAGUUUGGUUCUAUAACCUCAGCAAGAUGGGCAGCCGGCCAAUCAAUGAUGCUUCCCCACGGGAGGUUGUGGGGGCUGCCAGUCCUCCAUGCCCAGGGGCACCAGUGUGCUUUCCCCUGGGACUGGGGAUCCCGGUGGGUAUCCCCCACUAUACACCUCUCUACUCUGCAGGGGUAGCCCACCCCUCUGCCCCAGGCACCAGUCUGGGCCUCCCCAGACUUUAGGGCUGAGGGACAUGCCAUUCGCAGCAAGUUUGGAGAGAAAAGAGAAAGGGAAAACCUGGAAAUGUCCCUGGGGUUCAUUUAAGGACUUUUAGCAUUAAGUUCUCAUUCACUGUCUAAAGAAGUUAAGAAUACAUAGUAGGGAAUGGGGGUGGGAAUUAUUCAAGAAAAACUUGGUAGAGAAGUAAGUUUAUUGCAGUUUUUGUGUUUUCUCUUUGUUUUUCCCUAGCAUUGGUUUCAAGGUACUUAAAGUAUAUAGAUGGUUU